AUGCGGACAGAGCAGGCAGAUCUGGAGCGGCAGCUGUGGAAGGAGCGGCGCGAGAUCCAGCGCGGACACGAAGAGAAGGUCAACACCGCACGCACCAAAGCUAGCAUCAUCGGGGCUGGACUGACGCCAUAUGAAGCCGAUGCGUUGACAGACUCUUUUCGCGCCGAGCUGCAGCGGUUCGACCGCGAGCGUGUCCUGCCAGCAUGGGACGGCCUGCUGGUGAAGCAGCAGGCCGCGCUCGAGGCGCUCGGUGUCCCGGCCAUGUUCCCCACCGCGCAGGCGGCAGACAGAGAGCGCCAACAGGAAAUCAUGCAGGUGCUGGGUCGUAUCGUAAGCACAGAGAGCACCCGCGGCUCGACAGGUGACGGACGCGGGUAG